AUGGAAGAAGGUGGUGGGAGAGGUGUUUUCGGGAAUGAAAAUUCCCAGAAUAACCCUUCCAUAUACCGUCCAUGUCCGCCAUUAACAGCCAUAGACAGGUUCUUGUACGGGCAGAGCCAUUUCUAUCAGAACAAUGCAAAGAACAAACAAGUGCUUGUUUCUGACAACGGCUUCUGCAGCUUUCCUCCUUUCACCGGUGCAAUUGUUGACGGGUUUUUUGUGGAUCAUGGGGAGCCUCUGAAUUGGAUGCAUGAGAGAAACCCUAAUAUGGGUUUCAAAGAAGAAGUGAAAGUUGUUGGGAAGAAUUCUAAAAGUACAGCAAAGAAAGCUAGAAAAGCCUCGUCUGAAGCUUUGAUCAAGGGGCAAUGGACAGAUGAGGAGGACAGGACACUGAUAAAGUUGGUGAAGCAAUAUGGAGAGAAGAAAUGGGCACAGAUUGCUGUGAAGUUGGUUGGAAGAGCUGGCAAGCAGUGUCGGGAGAGAUGGCAUAAUCACUUACGCCCAGAUAUUAAGAAGGAUAGCUGGAGUGAAGAGGAGGAGAGGGUGUUGGUUGAAGCUCAUGCAAAAGUAGGGAACCGAUGGGCGGAGAUCGCAAAGUGCAUUCCAGGAAGAACAGAAAACGCAAUAAAGAAUCAUUGGAAUGCCACGAAAAGAAGGCAGAAUUCAAGGAGAAAGAACAAGCAGACAGAUCGCCAAAAGGGAAAGCCCCAGUCUUCUGUUCUUCAAGAUUACAUCCGAAGCAAAACGCUCACGGAUACCGCCGCCGCCGCAGCCGCCACUGCCACCGCCACCACCAGUACUUCCACUCUCUCCGAAGAGCUUAUUGAUUCUCCCACAUUCAACAUUUCUCAAACAUAUGAUGAUGAACUCCUCUUCAUGCAAAACUUCUUUGCAACCCAACCGCAUCUUGAUCAUAACGACGACAAUUACAUCAAUCAAAACAUUAAUGGUGACCACCAGCUGCUCAGUGAUGUCAAUAAUCUCCAAACAAAAGAGACCCAUCUGUAUUCUGACCUCUACCUCUCUUACCUGCUCAAUGGUGGCACUGCCGCCAAUGAUUACGGCUACGACGAGGCCAUGAACAUGGAGUUGCAGCUUUCAGAUGAAGCUUACAGCUCCACCAGUGCAAAGAAAGAGAUGGAUUUGAUAGAGCUGGUCUCUUCAUCAAAUUCUCAGUUCUCUCAGGGAAGUAAUUACAGCAGCUUCUUUGUAGCUUAG